UACUACAGUUAGCUAAAAGGGAAGUAAGCGUUUUGCUAUCCAUAUUUUGAAGGCAAACUGUUUUGCACCAAGUAGAAUAACCUAGAAGAGGUGAAAUCUGUUACAAAAUCAAGGACGAUGGACACUGCAGGGAAAGUAAUCAAAUGCAAGGCAGCAGUAAUCUGGAAACAAAAAGAACCAUUUAGUAUUGUGGAAAUAGAAGUAGCUCCACCAAAAGCACACGAAGUUCGCAUCAAGAUUUUGUCUUCUGGAAUUUGUCGCUCAGAUGACCAUGUUGUAAGUGGUGCACUAAAGGCAAAAUUACCUAUUAUUCUUGGUCAUGAAGCAGCUGGUGUGGUUGAGAGUGUGGGGGAAGGUGUUACCAGUAUGAAACCAGGAGACAAAGUCAUUCCGAUUUUUCUCCCACAAUGUGGCCAAUGCAGUACUUGCCUGCAUCCUAGAGGCAACCUGUGCAAGAAGAAUGACCUUCACACAGGGUCUGGAUUAAUGGAGGAUGGCACCAGUAGAUUCACUCACAAAGGAACAGUACUGCACAAUUUUGCUGGUACCAGCACUUUCACAGAAUACACGGUGGUAAACGAGUAUUCGGUUGUCAAAAUUGAUGCUGCAGCACCUCCUGAAAAAGUGUGCCUUAUUAGCUGUGGGUUUUCUACUGGCUAUGGUGCUGCUUUAAAUGCUGCAAAGGUGAGGCCUGGUUCUACCUGUGCCAUUUUUGGACUCGGAGGAGUUGGUCUCUCAGUAGUCAUGGGCUGCAAGGCAGCUGGAGCUUCCCGAAUCAUUGGAGUCGAUACGAACAAGGAUAAAUUCCCCAAGGCUAAAGAAUUUGGUGUCACAGACUGUAUCGAUCCCCGGGAUUACCAGAAACCCAUCAAUGAAGUUAUCUUUGACUUGACUGGGGGUGAAGGAGUAGAAUAUUCCUUUGAAGCCAUUGGAAACCCUGAAGUCAUGCUGUCUGCCUUGAAUUCCUGCCAAAUAAAUUAUGGAAAGUGCAUCAUUGUGGGAGUACCCCCUUCGGAUUCUAACGUUAACUUUCAUCCAGGACUUCUCUUCUCAGGCCGCACUUGGAAAGGAACUCUGUUUGGAGAUUGGAAAAGUAAAGAUUCGAUUCCUAAAUUGGUCUCAGAUUACAUGAACAAAACGUUUAUCCUAGAUCCAUUAAUUACUCACACUUUACCAUUUGAAAAAAUCAACGAAGGCUUUGAUUUGCUUCACUCAGGAAAAUGCAUCCGUUGUGUCCUGAUGUUCUGAAGUCUCUGGUUCUGAAGAAAAAUAGAAAACCAUCAUUUCUGUCUCUGAAUCCACCGGAAAUGCAUUAUGCAGCAUAUAUACUUCAAUAAGCCAGUCAACAGAAACAGAAUUGUUCUUUUCUUUCUAUCUCUUUUCUCUCCAUUCUGGUUCAUGUGUUGUUAUUAUUACUGCUGAAUUUACCCACAAGGAAAACAACCCUGAAAUUAAGGCAGUCUCGUAUAAAAACAAAGAUUGGGCAUCAUAAACAUACUUAACAUUUCUGUGUUUUGUACACUUUCCCUAUUUCAUCAACUCUCUCCUUCUCUCUUUGAAGCAAAUUCUAGCAAUGUUUGUUCUCCUGACAUUUGUGUGUUUAUCCUGUCUGUACGCCAGUCAGUAGUUGCAUUCUGAAAAAAGCAAUAUGCCAGGAAUUUUUUUUAAGAUCAAUUCAAUGAAUAACGAUUAGUUAAUUAUGUGCCCCUAAAACAAGAUAGCAGAUUUAUAAAAUUAAUUGUGUGCGUGUGUGCUCAUAACUUUUCCCUCACAAAUUAUUUUCACAACAUAGACAAAUAGAUAGAUAUAAGGCCAGCAAGGAUAAAUUCGAAUUCUGUACAAGGUGCAAGUUUCAGUAGCUCUUACGGCUAGGGAGAUAGAAGUUGUAAUUCAUCUUAUUCUCCCUAAAUUGGGGUAAAAACUAGAUUAGAGUAUUAAGCUAUAUUUUUCAGUCUGUUUGCAAGGAUGAAAUAAGUUCAGAGAGAUGUUUCUGUUGGGCUUCAAAUCCAAAGAAACCCAUGUACAUUUAGUCUUCAUUAAGUCUCAUUAAUAGGUCCCAUUUAAAUAUACUCAGGGCUUCCAGUCAUAUUGUCUGUCUGGUAAUUCAUUCUGCUUGCGCUUCCCUCCUGCUCCUGCCAUUUAUAGAUAAAUGCAUCAUCUUGGUUAAAUGCAAUAACUAAGCAAACAAAUAUAUUAAACAUACCAAAAGCUAAAUAAUCCAAUAGCAGUAAUGAUCUGCAACAAGUUUACCUACUGCCAGUUCUAGAAACAUAGAUUUAUUUUAUCACAAUUUCUGUGCUUCCCCUCCCCCCCCACACACUUUUUUAAGCAGCAGGAUGGAAUUUAUAUUUUUACAAAUUCAAGAUGGAAAAUGAUACACAGUUUUUUUAUUUGGUACAAAUAUUAAUAGUUUGUGGCAGGUUCAUUUGUCAUUUUUAAUGUUGUGGAUUAGAAUUUUUUUUUUCAAGUAUAAGUAAAUAAAAUAAAGAGAGCCAGUUUGGUCUAGAAGUUAAGGCACCAAGUUAGAAACAAGGCUACUGUGAAUUCUAGUCCCACCUUAGGCAUGAAAAGUCAGCUGGGUGACUUUGGGUCAGUCACUCUCUCUCAGCCCCGCUCACAUAAUAGUGUUGUUGUUGUGGGUACAAUAGGAAGAGAAAGGUGUAUUAAGUACAUUCACUGGCUUGAGUUAUUUAUAAAAUAGUAAAAGUGGGAUAAUAAAUAAAUAAAUUGGUAUUAUUGAAUUGCCUCCUAAGUAAUGCCAAUUUGUAACCCAAUUCAUGGGUUACAAAUGGAAAGACAAGAUUGGAAGAAAAGCCAAUGUUGGUGAACCCUUUACAGUUAGAUUGAUUAUUUACAUACACUUAAAAAAUCAUUAGCAUCAAUAGUUGGUUCACAGCUUUCUCUUUCUCUUUUAAUAUAGAAGAUAUUGGAUGAAAAGCUCAAGAGAAAUACUUUAUCACUCAUAAUUCUUUUGCAAUUGUUUGGUACUCUUUAUCACUCAAGAGUGUUUGGAAGAGACUUCACUUAUAGAUGGACCAAUUUAGUAGAACAUAGUCUACAUUAUUCGCUAUCACUGAUGGAUUUGAGGUACUAUAAGGUUAAUAAUCUUGAGCAUUCCCAUAUAAUGAUAUUGUAAAAUAAUAAAUCUCUUGGAUCAGA